AUGGCACGCCAUGGACUGGCAGGGUCGCCGGGGAUGUCCGAGCGGAUUUUCAAGUUCAUGGAUGCAGACACAAGAAACGACGAUGAAAGCCAGGCUUUCCAAGAGCUGCGAGACUUCAUAAUGCGCAAGGCAAAGUCCGACGUAGGAUGCUUGAGCGAUGGUGUCGAUGUCAAGACCAUGGUGGCAUUUCUGCGCAGGCUCCAUGAUUUCGGAGGGCGGAAAACCACCCAGAUCCGACGUAUAGGCGAAGUUCUGAGCACACUGGAAAGCAACGCAGGUGGCCCAUGGAGCGCACACAUCAAAGAAGCUCGAGAGAAGAUGUUCAGCCUCCCUACACCUGUCCCCCCAGGUUUCCGAGCACUUGUCGGGGCCUCUCACUUUCAAGGCGGCUGCCAGGCGAAGGAUGUGACUGGCAAGUGCCGAGAUGCAGAGUCUUCUGAGAGUGUUGUGAAAGACGAAUUGACUUUUAGCCAGGAAGACACGCCUCAGCACCUUCUGCAUUUGCAUGAGGGCUUGCAGGAGCUUUUGUCGCUACUUCUCUUCGCAGAGAAGGAUGACGACAGCCGCGCCAGGUUGAAUGAGAUCACAGCAGCAUACAACAUGGGCUGGAAGGAGAUUCUGGAAGACAAAGACUUACAUUAUGUCUUCGGUGGCCUUGUUUCUACUGGCAAAACCACACUGGUAAACAGCUUCCUUGCCAACGUUUGUGCUGAGCAAGGGCCUCAAGCGGAAUGGCAAGGCGACAUGCUCCCAACCGCUGCGCUUGAAAACACUGCCGCCGUCACCAUGUUUGCCUUUCGUGCGGCUCGCUCCAGCAAGAUCAGUGUGCGUUUGGAGCAUGUUUGCUUCAUCGGGAGUCCUGAUGAGCGCACUGCCAAGUUCCAAUCUGCUUCUGAUCAGCUGGAUGGCGUGACUGAGAUUGAUACCAUGCAGGUGCUGCAAGGCCGGAUGCCAGAGCUGUUGGCACAGCUGUCUCGCGCUGACAGCGGCUUCAAGAGGCUUAUUGUUGAGAUGCCAGGCACGAUGAAGGUCCUCCCUAAACCAGAAGACUUCUUCUUCACAGUUCCAGCUGAGGUCGUGGUGGAUACACCCGGGCUGGAUUCUCCUGGAAUUCAACAUCACCUCGUCUCUGUCCUGUCCCAGAAGUGCUUCCUCUUCUGCUUUCUUGUUGACGUGACCUCGCCAUCGCCCUUUGGCAAUCAUGGGUUCGAGGUCUUGCAGUUUCUCAAACAAAAAUCCGAGAUGAUGUUCCCCCCUGUGAUUGUCUUCACAAAAUGGGAGCUCAUGAAGGAGCAAGCCACGUUGCGAAGCUGGAAGAGAGCGAACCCGAAAGGGCUUGAAGACCGCGUCAAAAACUUGGUAAGUGCAUUGCUCAACAAAUUGGAUGAAGCUGAAAUCCCUUACACUCCCUUCUUUGCCAGUGUGAACGCAUUACUGGCAGGGGAGAGUGUCCAGGGCAGUGACCCUGACGAGUUCUAUGACAUUCGGGAUGCACAAGCUGGGCUGUCUUGCUUCAUCGAGGAUCUCGUGAAGCUCGGAAGAAGCAUCGCCAAUCCGAUCAACCAAUGCAGAAUGCUGCAGCUGCAGAACCAAUGCACCCAAGAGAUCAUCAACUUGAUCCACAGGGAAGAUGGAGAAGCUCUGUUGUCAGCCGAGAGUAUCAGCGACAUGGAGGCUUUCGGACAGGCACUGAAAGACAGAUUCCACAAAGACGUGGAGGAUUACUUUCAGAACAUUUGCUGGACCUCUUUCGGUCUUGCUUCAUUCACGCCAAGUGCGCCGUUCAAUCGAGAGACUUGUGCUAUCACCCAGAUCCCAAAUGAUUUCGAAGCCGUCUUCCAGCAGUACAAAAGCCACGAGCGGAAUCAGCACAUGCUGAGCAAAUUCAAGGCGGUGCAAGACAUCGUGCAACAUACUUUGCUGAAAGUGCAGUCUAACAUUGUGAUGAAUCUCAGCAAGUACGAGGCGAAAGCCAUAGAAUCAUUCAAGAGAAAACUUUGGAAACAUUUCGGGAUGAAGGACAAGCAUGUCAAAAAGCAUCUCGAUUUCGCAUAUUGGCAGUAUGCCGUGGGAGCGGGUCUUGGUGGUGGAUCGAUCCUCGCAGGAAUAGCUUCUGGCAAUUGGGCUAUCGCGUCUGGCAUCAGUGCCUCCACCUAUUUCACGGGUGCAGCGACCUGCAUCGGCAUGUCAGUGGCUGGUGCUGGUCUUUUGGUGAUGAUGACAUGGUGGGGCAAAGAUCAAAUCGGGGGUUGGACCUGGGAGGGAGCGAAGACCGCUUCCUGGGAUGCCGUAAUGGAGGCGUGCCAGAAGAAUUCUGGCAAGAUAGGGGAGCACGUAACGAACACGUUCAACCGAAAGGUCGAUGACAUCAUUCGAAAGAUGAAAGAACAUCGCAUUGUCCCUAGCUCUGAGGUUCCACAGUCCAAAGCUGCGGUGAUCCACAAUCAGACCCGCAAAGGCUACCGCGAUGUGGCGAAGCGCUUGAACGACAUCUUGCAGAGCCGGAGGGACAGAUGGCUUGGCCAGCCAUGCGAGUUGAAGCAGAUCUGCCAACAGGUGCUCGAGGAACGUGAGCCAGUGGAGCCUGUCGAGGCAUGUUUGCGGAUGCCUAUGGAUUGA